UGAUCUUCUACUGGUUUUCAUUAGUAUAUUCUUCUAAUUUGUCAUUUUUAUAGUUUUAUAGAAUAUUUAUAAAGAUAUUUUCUAUUUUAUGCUUUACCUCGUUUACGAAGGGUUGAAUCACAAUAUUGGGAUUUACUUUUCACAAAAUUCAUAACAAAUUGAUCUUUCAAUUGUGAAUAUUUAUGAAAAUAUCAGAAUAUUAGCUCUCGAUAAUAUUAGUAUUGGUUUUGUUAUAUCAUAAUUGAAGAUUCGUAUAUUACUUUGAUAAAAAAUGACAAACACAGAAGUCGCCCUGUUCCGUAAAUGGACAUACGAUGACGUCAGUCUUACAGAUUUAUCAUUGGUGGAUUGCAUUGCAAUACAAGGCAAAGCAAGAGUUUUCACUCCACAUACCGCUGGAAGAUACCAAAAGAAAAGAUUCAGGAAAACACAAUGCCCAAUAGUCGAGCGCUUAGUCAACUCAAUGAUGAUGCAUGGAAGGAAUAACGGAAAGAAGCUCAAAGCCAUAAGGAUCGUAAACCACGCAUUCGAAAUCAUACAUGUCAUGACCGAUAAAAACCCAGUACAGGUCUUCGUAGACGCAGUUAAAAACGGAGGACCACGUGAAGAUUCCACCAGAAUAGGGUCAGCAGGUGUGGUCAGACGUCAAGCAGUUGAUGUUUCGCCGUUGAGGCGUGUAAAUCAAGCAAUUUACCUCAUUUGCACUGGGGCAAGGAACGCAGCAUUUAGAAACAUCAAGACCAUCGCCGAGUGUCUGGCGGACGAGAUCAUUAACUGUGCCAAGGAGUCACCCUCGUCCUACGCAAUCAAGAAGAAGGAUGAAAUUGAACGCGUUGCUAAGGCCAACAGAUAAUUUAAUUUGAUUUAUAUCAA